AUGCGACAUUUAUGCAAAUACAGAUAUUGUCUUAAAGUACUUGAAGCUUCGAGUCGUGUGAACAAAGAUACGCUUCACUACGAAUUACAAAAGAUUCAUAUACAUUACGUAGAAGCUGUGAAAGAAAAUAUCCCAUUGAAUUUUGAUAUAGAAAAGAUACAUUCGAAAACCACUCCAAAAUCGGCCAAACGAAAACAUGUCUCCAUAGUUUGA